AUGACGGCUCAUUUUCGGUCGUUUCAAUCAAAUUUUUUAAACAAAGACGAUGGUCAGUUCACCUACACCAGUACAGAACAGGUUUGUUUUUCGACUUCUCUCAAUUUUCGUUUUUUUAAUUGAAGAAACGAGUCGAAGAUAUGCUAUCGGAAGAAUUCGAGAAACGCGUCGAGGGGGAAGAAGUCAAAAACAUAACGAUUCUCCGAGAAAGGCACGCCGAGUAUCUUCUGAAAAACUUGCACCAUCUGCCUAAAAAAUACGCCGUUCGCUGAAAUCAAUUGGCGAAAUAAAAAAAAGUUGCAGGGGCUCGAUGCGAGUAGAACUUGGAUGUGUUAUUGGGCCAUCAAUUCGAUGAAUAUCUUAGCCGCCGACAUUUCCGAAGAGACCAAAACAACUGUAGUUCAGUUUUUGAAGUCUUGUGAACAUCCUAAAGGCGGAUAUGGAGGUAAAAAAAAAAAUGAAAAAUUUGAGACAAAAGUUUAAAAAAAAUAACUGGAGGUGGUCCCGGUCAAUUAGCUCAUUUGGCUCCAACCUACGCCGCUGUGAUGUGUUUGAUUUCUCUUCAAACUGAAGAAGCUCUUCAGUCCAUUGAUAGGUUCGUUUUUUGCAGUUUUUCUUUCAAUUAUUUGUAUUUUGACAUUUUAGGGAAACUCUUUUUGCUUUUUUGACGCGAAUGAAGCAACCAGUUGGUAAUUUCACAAUGCACGAUGAUGGAGAGGUGAAUUGGAAUCAUUUUGUUUAUUAAAAAAUAACAAAUGUCUAGAUUGAUAUGAGAAGCGCUUACUGUGCCCUUUCUGUAGCCGCUAUUCUGGGAUUGCCUUAUGAGAAGUUGUCCGAAGGCGUCGCUGAAUGGAUUAUAAGGUUUGCUGGUAACAAUAAGCUCAUAAUGAGCUCUUUUCAGUUGUCAAUCGUAUGAAGGCGGAUUUGGCGGCGAGCCAAUGACGGAGGCCCAUGGCGGCUACGCUUUUUGUGCCGUUGCCGCGAUGGUUAUAUUGAAUCGGUCCGUUAUUUUGUUUAUUUUGAGGAAUCGAGCUAUUUGAUGAGAACCAUGCAGAAGCAUUUUUCCCGAUAAUUGAAAGGAAAAAAAGAUUUUUCUCAAAAAUCCUGUUUUAAAAAAUUUGAAAUUUUAGUAUUCUCUCGUUUUAUUGGGUGCUGUAGUUUUUUCAGCGCUGUUUUUUGAAUAAUAUAAAGCUCACGCUUAAGUUUCAUUUUCUCUUUGAAAGCAUUCCGAAUUUACCAAUAAACUAGCAAAAAGCGCAGAGAUAUUUAUCAGAUGAUAAGUAAAGUAUUCGAUGGAAUUAGAGAGCAAUUUUAUAGGAAAAUUUUUUUAAAAGGCUUUUUCAGGUUUCGAUUGCUCGAUAUAGAAGCAUUGCUGAGAUGGGUGACCCGACGUCAAAUGAAAUUCGAAGGCGGAUUCCAGGGUCGAACCAAUAAAGUUCGAACAAAUCUGUGAAUAAAUCCGAGAAAGUAGUUUUCAGUUGGUCGACGGCUGUUACAGUUUUUGGCAGGGCUCCAUUUUACCGUUAAUCGACGGAGAAAUGGCGAGAGAAGUGUGCGAACUUUGUGGUCCAAGUUUUCAAAAGGCAUUUUGAGGGAAAAGAAAUGCCGAAAGGACUUUUCGACGCUCGAAUGUUGGAAGAAUACGUCUUGGUCGGCUGUCAGGUGCGAAUUUCGAUUUUGAUCCGAUAUUUGGAAAAAAUUGAAUUUUAAUAUAGAUGGAUAACAUCCUUCUUGAUAAAAAAAAGAACCGGUUUUUUUCUCAUUCACUUUGUGUGAAAUCUACACUUUUUUUCCUCAGAAAAGAUCUUUUGAUUAUUAGAUCAUUUCAAUAAGAGUUUCAUUUUUAUAUAUUCCGAAGGUAACUAAAGAAUAUGAGCAGAAAAAUGGAUGUAAAACUUUCAAGGCGUUUCGAAAUUAAAAUAUUAUUUUUUUCAAUGCUAUGUUUGUUUUUGGAGAAAUGGUUAUUUCUGAAUUUUUGAUUCAAUUUUUUUAGUUCAAAAAAAGCUAAUUUCUGGUCUCUAUAAAUCUUUCAGAAUCAAUAAAAACUUUCUUCUUGUCCUAUUCUUAUUCUCGAACUUAGUUCCAAUUCUAAAGGUUUCUUUUCGAAGUUUGCUCACAAUUAUUUUAUCUCAGCUUUUCUCUCUUUUUUUCUUGAUUUAAUAAGGUCCCCUUUUCGAACCUUUCAUAAUUUCCUAAUUUUUUUCCUCAGUCAAGCUCUUUCUGUGAGAGGCGUAAAAUCGUUCUGGCCUAGAUUUUUUUCAUUGAAAAAAAUAAAUUUUUUUAAAAUUUAAUUCGCGAAGUUUUUCGAAACAAUUUUAAUCUCAGGUUCCCACUGGCGGAUUCCGAGACAAACCCGACAAGAACCCGGAUCUGUACCACACUUGCUAUGUUUUGAGCGGCCUAUCCAUCGCUCAGAAGUAUUCGAUUGAACGGGAAGGAGAAGUUUUGGGCGGCUCCGUCAAUCGAUUGGUUCGUUUUCUUUCAAAAUAUGGAGAACAGAAAGCUCUCAAAUCUUUGAAUAAAUACAUUUCUUCAGGUUCCUAUCAAUCCUGUUUUCAACGUGACGACGGAAAGUGAAAUAUUCGCAGCCAAGCAUUUUUUCCCAGACGCGAAUUGA